CUUCUUCUUCUUCUUCUUCUUCUUCUUCUUCUUCUUCUCUUCUACUACUUUAUGGCCUUGCUCUUUGGACCCUUCUAGUCCUUCUUCUUCUUCUUCUUGGUGGGUGGCGGUUCGAUUUUACAUUGAUAUCGAAAAUGGGGAAGAAUCAAGCUUACAAAGCUAUGCAGAGAUCGAGGCUGGGAUCCAGCUCUGCUGGCCCCGAUGAGGUCGAAGACGGCAUGGUGGAUGGUUCAUUUCAUACACCAGAGUGGCAUGCUGCUCGUUUGGCUAGCCUCAAAACUUCUCAUACAAUUACCUGGGAGGAGUAUAAACAGAAGCAAAAGGAAGAUGAACUCAGACAAGGGGAACUGGAAAAAGAUACUGAUAAAAUGAUGAGAGAAUACAGGGCUCAACUGGAUGCCGAGAGGGCUCGCAAGCUUGCCAAUGGAAGGAACCACUCUAGUAGCAAGUCUGAUCGCAAAAAAGAUAAGAAGGAUAAAGAUAUAAAGAAGCGCAGCAGCAGCAGCAAAAAAAGAAAGCAUUCAAGAAGGAGGUCUUCAGAGUCUAGCUCAUCUUCAUCAUCAGAUUAUUCCAGUAGUGAAGAAGAUGACAGAGAAUCAAGAAGAUCCAAGUCCAGGUCUAAGAGAACAAAAAGGGAAAAGAAGCACAGGUCAAGAACCAAGCACUCUAGCAGUGACGAUGACAAGGCUGAUGGGCCUGUUCCACUUUCCCGAUUCUUUGAAAGUGUCAAGAGCUAGCGGCAUUAUAUGAGUUAUUGUGGUGUGUCUUCCUACAAUAGGAGAUUAGUACGAGUUGCAUUCGUCCCUGUUUUUUUUUUCUUCCCUUUUUGUCUGUAAGAAACCCUCUAUUUCUCAACAUGAUAUAUUGAGGCCUUAUCGCCGA